AUGGUCGACGACUUUCAAGCCCAAAACCCUUGCCUCACAUUGGCCAAGUACAAGGCCAAGCUACUCUCUGAUUUGGAUGAGCGUGAGUUGCUGGUCCGUCAAGCAAUCAGCACUAUCAAUGAGCGCAUGCAUGACGACACCAACUUGCCGAGGGGAGUGCUCUUUCACAAGCCCGACUCUUUGGCGUGGUGGGCAGACCAGAUCAAGAGUGGAUGCCAUCCUUUGGCGAAGCCAAAAGUGGCUUGGAUGUUCAAAUCGGUCCUUCAGUGGCUAGCCACAACAGGGGAUGGGAGCGCAGAUCUCGUGAAUGUGGAGGAGGGCAAUGGCGGCUCGGACAAGAGUGACGAUGAUGCAGGUGAAGCUAACGCUCAGCCUGACACCAACGCUGAAUCGAUACACAAAGAGUACGAACUCGAAGAGGAAGUCAUAGAAGAAGAAGAAAAUAGAAAGCACAAUGAAGGCAACCACGGCGACGACGACGAUGGCAGCGACGACGGCGGUGGCAGUGACGACGACGGUGGCGAUGGUGGCGACGGUGGCGACGGUGGCAACGGUGGCGACGGUGGCGACGACAGCGGUGAAGGCGACGGAGACGGCGACAACGGCGACAGCGGUGAAGGCGACAACGGCGACGGCGGUGAAGGCGACGGCAGUGACGGCGGUGGCGACAACGGAGACAGCGACAACGGCGACAGCGGUGACGACGACAGCGGUGACGACGACAGCUGCAAUAGCGAAGAGGGCAACAGCGGAGGCGUUAUGACGCAGAAGGACAUUCAGCAGCUCAUACGCAGCACAUCCACAUUUAACAUCGUGGACUCUUCCGGUUUGAAACUAGUGGUUGUGGAGAGGCCAGAAGUCGUCAAGAAGCAGGAGCUACAACAGCGAUGA